AUGGACCCUUCAUACGAAGCAACCACAUUGCCAAUGGAGCGAGUUGAUUUUGUGGCAUCUGCAAAAUUCACAAUCAAAACUUUGUACUUUCUCGGAUCCUGGGUUACUCCAUCCUCAACAUUCCAGUACAAACUAUAUGCGUUCAUUGCGCAGAUUUUCGGGGCCUUGACUUUCGCAAUCAACGUUAAUUUGAUGCUGCCAGGAGUUCGUGAUUUGGAGAACCUGAUGUGGAGCAUGCCAAUAUCUCUGACCAUGCUGGGAUAUUGGACGAAAUUGUCCAACUUGUAUGUGAGGAGGCAUGAGGUCCAGGAGUUCUUCAAUCUGCUCAAUUCGGACGAUUCACAGGUGGAUAGCUACAAGGAGCUCAUGAUUGUAAAACGGGCCAACAAAUACGGAAAGAAGCUGACAUAUAUUUGGUUCUGGUUAUUUCUAACAGCGGGAUUGAGUGCGUUAGUAACGAUGAUGUCCUCUGAUCCGAAAGUUCCUUAUCCGAUUUAUUAUCCAGACUGGCGAGAUGGACCGAGGAUGUUUUACGCAUCAUGUGUAUACCAAACUUUCUGCAUAAUUCAUGGCUCCCUGGUGAACCAAUCGAGUGAUGCACUUUUGCCAUGCUUUCUUACCGUACUGACCGGCCAAAUUGAUGCCCUUGGCUGGAGGCUAGAGAACCUUAGAAAGUUAUCGCAACCUUCGAAUGGAAAUGAAGCCUUAAUACGAAAAGAGUUCGUCAACUGCGUUAGGCGACACAAACAUUUACUGAAGCUAUCUUUAAGACUGCAAAACAUGUUCUCGUUUGUGACAUUCUUUCAAAUGUGCUUAGCCGGAAUUAUUGUUUGUGGAUUGAUCUUUCAGUUAUCCCUACUGUCACCUCUUGACGACCCCAAAAUGUUUCUCAAGUUACUGUCAUUUGCUUCGGCGAUAUUCCUGCAGGUUUUUCUACCUUGUUUCACCGCCUACAACGUCCGAAUUGCGAGUCAAGCCUUGAAUCUAAAAAUGUACUCAGCAGACUGGAUAGGACUAUCGCAGCCGUUGAAAAGGAUGAUUAUUAUAUUUAUGCAACGCCUCCAGUAUCCGAUUCUCAUCACAGUGGGAGGGAUCAUUUUUCUUGGAAUGGAGAAUUUUAUGGUGGUGCUCAAAUACUCGUAUUCGUUGUAUUCCCUGUUGAGGAAGGUUCAGUCGAAGUAA